AUGCAAAAGUCGCGAUCGGAACCCAACUGUGCCAGCACAGCUGCGUCCGCAUUUAGAGCCACAGUAGCCACAGCACACCCCAAACGUAAAUCGACCGGCAACCUUCGACGGGCAUCGUCAUUUUGCAAUUCCACCACUAGCGGAGCAGGCUCUAAGGUUUGUUUUGAUAUUUGGCGUCCACCAGGCUGUUGCGAAAUUCCAGAUAUCCUGGGAAACGCGUAUCUGAAGCCUUCGCCUGCCACAGCCUUUCAUUUGCGUCCAACGGAUCGCUCAAAGCAAGUGACAAAGCGCCCUUGGUAUCCUCCCAACCCACACUAUGAAAUCCCGCAAUUGCCUCCAUUGGCUCGCGCAGAAAACAAGUUUGAAAGCAAAAUGCGAAAACUGCUUUCCAAGACUACUGUGCGCUCCACCGAUCCACGAACACGCUAUACCAACUUUAAGGAAAUCGGCACUGGUGUCAAUGGUGCUGUCGUCCGAGCCUCGUAUCGUGACAAGCCAAAUGUUCAAUUGGCCAUCAAACGCUGCAAACUCGACCCUGAUAGAGAAUACCGUGCAGCGAUCCUGCGAGAACUGAAGAUUAUGGCUAGCGGGCACAAGAACCUGAUCAAGUUGCGUGAAGUGACGCUUUGCCGUGACGAUGUCUGGAUUGCCAUGGAUCUGAUGCGUUGCUCUGUAUUCGCCGUGCUUUGCCAACGAGGCAUCCCCGAAGAAUUUGCAGUCCACAUUACAUGCGAGACCUUGAAGGCCUUGAUUUAUCUUCAUUCAAGGGGAUUCUUGCAUCGUGAUGUCAAGUGUGAGAAUCUAUUACUUGGUUCCAACGGUGAAGUCAAAUUAGCCGAUUUCGGAUUAUCGGCUCGUGUGGCUCGUGGAAACAGAGACCGGCUGGGCACCACUAAAUGGAUGGCACCAGAGGUGAUCCGUGAAGAAUAUUACGACGAAAAGAUCGACUUGUGGUCGCUUGGCAUUACUGUUAUUGAGAUGAUGGAUCGUGUGCCCCCGCACUACUUGAUUAAGGAUGAGGAGGAGCUCUUUGACAUUAUUGCCACUGAGCCCAGCCCAACCUUCACCUACAGCUACCCGUCCAUGUACAUGCGUGGUCUUGUUGCAUGGCUGCUUGACGAAGAUGCGCGCAAUAGACCCAGUGCUCAGGAUGUUCUUUUGGAAAUCGAUGCUCAUGUCAAGAGUAAUCUCCUGCAGUGUGCAUCCUCGGUCGAGCUGGUCCGAUUCCUCAAUCAGGUUUUGCCACAGUACUAA